UGGCGCGCCCGGGCGGCGCUGGGAUUCGGACUGGAGGCUUUUGAAUCCCGAAGCAGGUGGCGGCGCUCGGGAGCAGCAGAGGAUCUGGGAAUUCUGCUGGUGCUGCAGCUGCAGAAUGCUGGGCGGUGGCGGGAAGCGCAGCCCCGGCGGGACAGGGCCGCAGGUACUGCCGGAAAGGCUCGUGGAAAAAACAGUUGAUGUGAAGAAAAGGAAAUUCUGUGAAGUCAAUGUCUUCAGUGACCUUCGAAAAGAAGUAGAAAAUCAUUAUAAGUUCUCUUUACCUGAAGAUUCCUAUCACUUCUGGAAGUUCUGUGAAGACCUUGCUCCUGAAAAGCUAGCUGUAUUGUCUAAAUUUAUUUUCUUUCUGGAUUCACUUUCUGCAAGUCUUAGACUUCAGUUAGUUGAUUUUUAUGAUAUCCCUGCUGGAAAACAUAAAAUGAAGAAAAAAUCGACAGGCCUGAAUUUUAACCUUCAUUGGAGGUUUUACUGUGAUCCUCCCGAGUUCCAGUCCAUUACUAUCAGAGAUAAGAAAACUCAGUUUCACGUGGGGUAUUUCAGAAAACUGUUAGGAAUUUUGAAAGAAGUGUUGAGAAAAAAUCUUAAAGAAGUAACAGAUAAAAAGAAAACCAAUCACUUGAAAAACAUCGAUGAGAAACUCACAGAAGCAGCCAGAGAACUGGGGCCCUCACUGGCAGGGAAAACCAUGAAGUUGAAACAGAGACAGAAGAAAGUUGUGACAAAGACCUUUCAUGGAGCAGGCUUGGUUGUUCCAACAGAUAAAAAUGGUGUUGGGUACGGAGAGCUCCCUAAAACAGGUGCUGACUUCAAGAGAAUUUGCAAGAAUACAGUUGAGGCUACAAGUGACGAGGAGAGACUAAAAGCCUUUGCUCCCAUUUAGGAACCGAUGACUUCCGUGCAUUUUGCUAAUGAUGCAUGUGAGGGGCUUGAGUUGGGAAUGAACCUCUUUUGCUAUGGCUGA